GUUGGACGGCGCUGUGUAUUUCACGAAGCAGUUGAAUGACAAUAAAACCGAGGCGAAACCGCAGGAUACAGCGCCGCAAAAUAAUCGCGAUCCAUCCGUAUGGAGGCGGCCAUCAACCCGUCUCUUGACAGCUGUGUGGGACGGUCUGUCAUAAGUGGGAUGGAACAGAGUUCAGGCAAACGGAUCCGGAAGCCGUCGCUGCUCUACGAGGGUUUCGAGAGUCCGUCUCUGCCCCAGGCACCUCCGCCCGGCCCUCCUCUGCUCCAGCAGCCUCCGGUGAAGGACCCCAGCCGUCAGGGACGCGCAACCAAUCAGCUGCAGUUCCUUCACAAGGUCUUGGUAAAGGCGCUGUGGCGGCAUCACUUUGCGUGGCCUUUCCAUGAACCUGUGGAUCCGGUUCGACUCAGUUUACCUGACUACCAUAAGAUUAUUAAACAGCCGAUGGACAUGGGCACUAUCAAAAAACGACUGGAAAAUAACUACUACCGUGGCGCCGGUGAAUGCUUACAAGACUUUAACACCAUGUUUACCAACUGUUACAUCUACAAUAAGCCGACGGAUGACAUAGUUCUGAUGGCACAGUCUCUGGAGAAAGUCUUCUUACAGAAAGUUGCCCAAAUGCCUCAGGAAGAGAUUGAGUUGCCCCCUCCUGCUCCAAGAGGAAGAGGAGCUAAAAGUGUGAAAGGACGUAGAGGCAGAGGAGGAAGUAUUACGAGUGCUCACCAGGUUCCUGCCGUGUCUCAGUCGGUAUAUUCUCAUUCAUCUCCCGACACGCCGGAUUUGUGGUUUUCCACCCCUCCUCAGACCCUGUUGAGCAACUCCGAACCCCCUCCAUCACUGUUGACACCACCACCCACUCAACCCACCGCAAAGAAAAAAGGCGUCAAGCGUAAAGCUGACACAACCACGCCCACGACGCUCGGGUUCCCCAUGACAUCUGCCAGCCGGAUGGGAGGCAUGGGAAAAGGUCAUGGGUCGGCCGUAGAAAUGUCCCAUUCCCUCUCGUCAGUAGACUGCUCUCCAGGUGUGGGCGUGGUCAGGGGUGUGGCCGAGCCCACCCACCUCCAGCCUGUCUUGGGGAGACCGUUGUCUCGUCGACCCAUCAAACCCCCCUGCAAGGACCUGCCGGACUCGGUGCGGCCUCAUCUGCCCUCCCGGCGGGGCAAACUGAGCAAACAUCUGCGCUACUGCAGUGCCGUUCUGAAAGAGCUUCUGUCGAAGAAACACGCGGGGUACGCGUGGCCCUUCUACAAACCCGUGGACGCGUCAACGCUAGGCCUGCUCGACUACCACGACAUCAUCAAACACCCAAUAGACCUCAGCACCAUCAAGAGGAAGAUGGACGAGCGCGAGUACAGAGAUGCUCAGCAGUUCAGCGCUGAUGUCAGAUUGAUGUUCUCCAACUGCUACAAGUACAACCCGCCAGAUCAUGAUGUCGUUGCCAUGGCGCGCAAACUGCAGGACGUGUUUGAGUUUCGCUUUGCAAAGAUGCCCGACGAGGUUUCGGAGGAGGAGGAAUUGUCUCCCAUUCCACUGGGGCGGAACAUGGGCAAGCUGGGAAUGCACCACUCCUCUUCUUCGUCCUCCUCUUCUUCGUCUUCAUCAUCAUCUACCUCAUCAUCGGAAAGCGAGCCGAGCAGCGAAAGCGAGCCGAGCAGCGAGAGCAGCCCGAGUUCUGACAGCGAGGAGGAGAGAGCUCAACGUCUGGCUCAGCUGCAGGAUCAGGUGUGCACACAGCUUCGAGCGGUUCAUGAGCAGCUGGCGGCUCUGUCCUCCGGCCCCAUCGCCAAACCCAAGAGGAAACGAGAGAAGAAGAAAGACAAGAAGAAGAAAAAGAAGCCAGAGAAACGGCGAGGUGGCCGGGGCUUGACGGCCGACGACCACGAGAAACCCGGCAGGCUGUCUAAAAGCAAAUCCGGCCGAGUCUCGCUGUCGUGUGCGCAGAGCAAAAAGAGUGGCAGGAAGAACACUAAGAAGUCGACCCCAUCGCCUCGUUUCACGGAGCCCGUUGUUUCUCUUCCCCACUACGACUCGGAGGAGGAAGAGGACGGGCUGCCAAUGAGCUACGACGACAAGCGCCAGCUCAGCCUGGACAUCAACAAGCUGCCCGGAGAGAAGCUGGGCCGCGUGGUGCACAUCAUCCAGUCACGCGAGCCCUCUCUGCGUGACACAAACCCAGAGGAGAUCGAGAUCGACUUUGAGAUGCUAAAGCCGUCCACUCUGCGCGAGCUGGAGCGAUACGUCAUGACCUGCCUGCGCAAGAAACCUCGCAAACCCUGCGCCGUGAAGAAGGGCGGAGGGAAGAGCCAGGAGGAGCUGGCUCUUGAGAAAAAGAGAGAAUUAGAGAGAAGAUUGCAAGAUGUGAGUGGACAGCUGAACUCUGCCAAGAAGCCCCAGAAACCCAAAGUGGAGAAGGCCAGCAGUGUGGAACCUCACAACGCAGCAUCUCGCCUCAGUGCCAGCAGCUCCAGUUCAGACUCUUCCUCAUCAUCCUCUUCCUCAUCUUCAUCAGACAGCAGUGAUUCUGACUCGAGAUGAAGAGAUGGCCCUGAAUUCUGGGAUGGAGCCUGUAGGCGCCUGUUGAUCUGGGACACUGUGUUCUGUCGUUGAUUUUUUUUCUUUUAUAAAGAAGACUUUUACCGAAAUGCCCAUAAUGGGAAACUCCAGUUGGAGUACAUAACCAUAACUACAUUUCUUAGUUGACGGAAAAACCUUGUUUUGUUUGAUUCCAUUAAGACUCUAAACCACUCUAUAUUCAUCAAGUAUUGCAUUAGAGAUCAGGACCUGCUUCUAAUUUCGAGCAACCAAAAUUUGCAGUGUGGUUUAUAACGGACUUCAGGAGGAGGUGUUUGAUGAGUAAACUCAUGAUGAAAAUAUUUGGCUUUAAGGAGUUUCUGUUUCUGCCCUGCGAUGCACCUGUAUGGUUUGGGGAUUUUUUUCAUGCGAUGUAUACCCGGUCCCUCGCUAACUGUCCGUACGGCUGUGCAGUGCCUCAUGCGUGUCAAGUGGUAUUGGAGAGAGCGAAUAUGCACAAAGAAACCGUUGUCUGGUUUCCUCCAUCUGUAAGACACGGAUUUCUUUUAACACGCUUUUAUUUUUGAAAUCUUAAGUGAUGACUUGUGUCAUAAAUGAGUCAUAUCUGAGACUGUAGUGACGGGACAUAUACAGUAUCUCUUGUUAAUGGAUUAUAAGUAUCUGUCGAAAUAUUUAGUCAUAUUGGAUUUCGACUGAGGGACUCUGUUUGUUCAUGAGGCCUAGAGAAAAGCUGCUAGAUUGAGUUACAUGUUUUUGAAUAAGCUAUGGGGGUCAUAGACUGAAGGUUAACCUAAAGUUUCUGAUUUUAGGGAAAGACUUGAGGCUGAUCACAUUAAGCAAUAGAAACCCAUUUAUGAAACAAUCUUAAUUGUAUAUACAUUCCAUUAUACCAAGGUCCUGUUUUUCCUUCUGUAUGUUUCUUGUGUGUAUUUAUUUGCAAUGCAUUUCUCUAAGCUAUUCUUUUUGAAAAAAUGAGUUUGUUUUGUCACAUUUCAUAUCUGCAGUAUAAUGGAGAGUAUAUGCACUCAAAAUCAUCCAGUGGCUUUUAUUUGAAUGGAACUACAAAUACAACAAGUGAACCGUGUGAAUGUUUUGUUUUUGGUGUUUGAAAUGGUAUUUAUAUACUACAAUUGGCACUGUCAUUAAAGACCUGAAAAAUGUCGCUCAA